AUGGGUCGCGCUUGGAUCUCGGUAGCUUUCGUGCUGGUGACUGUGGGCCAGGCGGCCCAUAUCCGAGGAUCAAGCCAACCGGACGAUCUCGAAGAGCCCUCGUUCCCGGACAGCCUCUUAGGGGGCAAGGCAGUACUCGGCAUGGACCAGGACAGGCAGACCAAGAUGUUGGUGCAGGUGAAGGCCACGGAGAACUUCGUUGAUGCCUGUGAGGAUGUCGUGUGUGGAGAGCUCAAGUGCCCAACGGGCUUCACCGCAAAGAAGUAUGAGGGCCACUGCUGUGCAUAUUGCGUCAACCCCGAUAUCAAGAUUGAGCCUAAAAUUGUGGGAGCCACAGGCAAGUUUGGGGCAGACGAGAGCGAUUUCUGCCCCUACGUGUGGUGCUUCCCCACUAUGUGCGAGAAGGAGGAGAUCAUGCCGACAUCCGAGAACGGCCAAUGCUGCCCUGUGUGCCCCAAGUGA